AUGGGAAGGGAAAAUGUGAGUUAUCCCAACACUUUUGUCCUCCUGGGCUUCUCAGAGUUUCCGUGGCUGGAGAGGCCCCUCUUUGCAGUGGUCCUGGUCUCCUACCUGCUCACCCUAUUUGGAAACAACUCCAUCAUCCUACUUUCUCUGGUGGACCGCAGACUCCAGACAUCCAUGUACUUCUUUCUAGACAACCUCUCUCUGCUGGACCUCUGUAUCACAUGCACAAUUGUUCCACAGCUGCUAGCCAACCUCUGGGGACCAGACAAGACCAUUGCAGCCUGGGGUUGCAUCUCGCAGUCCUAUCUCUUUCACUGGAUAGGCUGCACCGAGUGUGCUCUGUUGGCUGUGAUGGCCAUUGAUCGCUAUGUGGCCAUCUGCCGGCCCCUCCAGUACACUCUCAUCAUGCAUCCCUGGGUUUGUGUGCAGAUGGCAGCUGCCUCCUGGUCCAGUGGUUUGGUCAAUUCUCUGCUCCAAGCCACACUCACACUCCAGCUCCCCCUCUGUGGACGCCACACCCUGGACCACUUCUUCUGUGAGGUGCCUGCGCUCAUUAAGCUGGCCUGUGGCAACACCUCUACUAAUGACCUAGCCCUGCUAAUAGGAGAAAUUCCUUUUGCAAUGCUGGCUCCACUGCUGGUGAUCAUCUCCUAUACCUUCAUUGCUAGAGCUAUACUGAAGUUGCCUUCAGCUGAAGGAAGGCACAAAGCACUCAGCAUCUGCAGUUCCCACUUGCUGGUGGUCACCAUGUACUUUGGACCAGGCAUCUAUCUGUACCUCCAGCCUCCAGCCAAGAGUUCCCAGGCCAAGUUCAUGUCCUUUUUCUACUGUGUGAUCACCCCAGUGCUCAACCCACUCAUCUACACCCUGAGAAAUAAGGAUGUGAAGAGAGCAUGGAUGCAGAUUCUACAGUCUCGGUCACUCAAGCAUUUAACCAUAAAG